ACUAUGGCGGAGUUGGCCGGAGCCUCCUCCUUCUUCCCCCUUGUUGUCCUCCUGCUUGCCGGCAGCGGCGGGUCCGGGCCCCGGGGGAUCCAGGCUCUGCUGUGUGCGUGUACCAGCUGCCUCCAAGCCAACUACACGUGUGAGACGGAUGGGGCCUGCAUGGUCUCCAUUUUCAACCUGGACGGGAUGGAGCACCACGUGCGGACCUGCAUUCCCAAAGUGGAGCUGGUCCCCGCUGGGAAGCCCUUCUACUGCCUGAGCUCCGAGGACUUGCGCAACACACACUGCUGCUACACUGACUUCUGCAACAGGAUCGACCUGAGGGUGCCCAGCGGUCAUCUCAAGGAGCCUGAACACCCCUCCAUGUGGGGCCCCGUGGAGCUGGUGGGCAUCAUUGCCGGCCCAGUGUUCCUCCUGUUUCUCAUCAUCAUCAUCGUUUUCCUUGUCAUUAACUAUCAUCAGCGCGUCUAUCACAACCGCCAGAGGCUGGACAUGGAGGACCCCUCGUGUGAGAUGUGUCUCUCCAAGGACAAGACGCUCCAGGACCUGGUCUACGACCUCUCCACGUCAGGGUCUGGCUCAGGGCUACCCCUCUUCGUCCAGCGCACAGUGGCCCGGACCAUCGUCUUACAGGAGAUUAUUGGCAAGGGCCGGUUUGGAGAAGUGUGGCGCGGCCGCUGGCGGGGCGGUGAUGUGGCUGUGAAAAUAUUCUCUUCUCGGGAGGAACGGUCUUGGUUCCGGGAAGCAGAGAUAUACCAGACAGUCAUGCUUCGCCAUGAAAACAUCCUUGGGUUCAUCGCCGCUGACAAUAAAGAUAACGGCACCUGGACACAGCUGUGGCUCGUGUCGGACUAUCACGAGCACGGCUCCCUGUUUGACUAUCUGAACCGGUACACGGUGACCAUCGAGGGGAUGAUCAAGCUGGCCUUGUCGGCCGCCAGCGGGCUGGCACACCUGCAUAUGGAGAUCGUGGGCACCCAAGGGAAACCUGGAAUUGCUCAUCGAGACUUAAAGUCAAAGAACAUCCUGGUGAAGAAAAAUGGCAUGUGUGCCAUCGCAGACCUGGGUCUGGCUGUCCGUCACGAUGCAGUCACGGACACCAUUGACAUUGCCCCUAACCAGAGGGUGGGAACUAAACGAUACAUGGCCCCUGAAGUACUUGAUGAAACCAUCAACAUGAAGCACUUUGACUCCUUUAAAUGUGCUGACAUCUAUGCCCUCGGUCUUGUGUACUGGGAGAUUGCUCGAAGAUGCAACUCUGGAGGAGUCCAUGAAGAAUAUCAGCUGCCAUAUUAUGACCUAGUGCCCUCUGACCCUUCCAUUGAGGAGAUGCGGAAGGUUGUAUGUGACCAGAAGCUCCGUCCCAACAUCCCCAACUGGUGGCAGAGUUACGAGGCGCUACGGGUGAUGGGGAAGAUGAUGCGGGAGUGCUGGUACGCCAACGGCGCAGCCCGCCUGACUGCGCUGCGCAUCAAGAAGACCCUCUCCCAGCUCAGUGUGCAGGAGGAUGUGAAGAUCUAGCUGCCCCUCCCACAGCCGCCAGGCCACGGGACCUACAGCCGAGCGGCCGUGUCGAGCAUCAGAUGGAGGCCUACCUCUCGUUUCUGCCCAGCCCUCUGUGGCCAGGAGUUUGGCCCACAGAGGGACAGAGCCCGGGAGACUCGCUCACUCCCACGAUGGGUUUGAGACACAGACACCUUUGAUAUUUACCUCCUAGUGGCAUGGAGCCUCUGAGAGCGAAUGGCAUGGAGAACUCAAUGCCGCGACCCGGACCGGCUGUCGUGGGAUGUCCCACAAAGCCCGGUGCCCCCGGCGAGGAGCCUGGUGUGGCGACAAGCGGCCCAGGAGGAGCUGAGCGUGGCCCCGUGCUGAGCAGCACUGAGGGCUUUACCCCGGGACCAACCCAGUGCAGCGAGUGGCCCCGGGAACCAGAAGGAUGGCCCCUCCUGGCAGCUCCAGGUGGAGGGACUGCUGGUGCCUGUCUGUCCAGCCGUGUGUGCAUGUGCCGAGGUGCGUCCCUGUUGUGCCUGGUCUGUGCCACGCCCUUACACGUGUGUGUGUGUACGUGUGUGUCUGUGGGUGCGCACUUGCCUGCUUGAGCUUCUCGUGCAUGUGCAGGUCGGGGCUGUGGUCGUCAUGCCGUCUCUGCGUGCCGGCACCUCUGUUCAGUAGUGAGCCGCGUCUAGUUUCCCUGGCGCCCCUCCCGGGGGGCUUCCUCCCCACCCCUCCUUCCAGAGCCCCCACUCCACAGUGGUACCCCCUCCCCAGCAGGCUGUGCCGCCUGCCCGUGUGUCGCCUGCCCUCCUUCUCCACUUCAGACUGUGGAACCAAAGCUGGCCCAGUUGUCCGUGCCAGGCGAGGCUUUUGGGUCCAAAUGUGAGGGAAGAGGGUGGGAUGGGCAGGGCAGGAAUUUCGGCGGAAACCUGGGGUAUUGUGGUCAGCAGCCACCGUGGGAAAUGAGCCAGCCUAAGGGCAUCAUCCUCGGUGGCGGCAAGGAGGGGCCGAGGAAUUUGCAGCCCAGACCUGGGGAGACUCAGACUGGAAUGUCACAUCUGUCUUUCAUAUCCCAGAUUCUGGAGACA